AGUCCUUUUAUAAAAGAAUCCUUAUAUAAAUCGGGGGGAGGGAGGGCAUCAAUCCCAUAUAUGAAGCACAAUUUAAGCCCAACAUCACUGACCAAUCAAAAUUAGUGAAUGCACUGCAUCUCUCUGCAGUGAGGAGAAGCGACAAGGUAGGCUGUCAUUCUGCAAAAGCUGCCCAUCGCAAGCUUUCCUCUCAGAAGCAUUGCUUUUCUUUUUUAGAAAGCUUGAAUCUCAGUGGUGUCUCUGGAGACAAGAAGCCUUCAGUAUGUUAAAUUACUUUCAUUAUGUAUUUUCAGAUGCUUAUUGAUUCUACCGUAGGAAGAGUGGGAGACUGCAGCAGCCUGUAAACCAGAACUAAAGCAGUUGUAUACAUUAGCAGUAUGCUGAAACAAUGGCACAGUACAGGCACAAAUUUUCAUUAAGGUCAUUUUUUGAAGAUAUGCUUAUUACCCUCUUUCCCUUCUACUCUGCUAACAAGUGAACAAAAUGAAUCCCUCCAACCUGGAACUGCUUCACCUGCAUCAAGAAUUUAUCAAAUCUUUAGUGGAGGGCAUGCAGCAACUAAUUCAGUUUUACAACUGACAAUAUGAAGAAUGCAGUUGACCGGGUAUCUUUCUAGCUGUAUGACCUACAAGCAGCAGGAUGCAUCACUAAAAUGUAUUCUUAAGACAUAAAGGAAUUAGAAACAAAACAUGGAACACACUUGUAUUACCAUUUACGUGCAUGACACUUCAACAAUAUACAUGGAAGACUAACACAUCUGCUCAGAUUUUCAUUAAAAGAAGAGUGCAAUGAUUGAUUCUUAAAAUGGUGAGCAUUUCUUAAAGAGGGAUUUAUAAUUUAAAACCAGAAUUGUGGAAACUACUGAUGCAUGAAGAAACAAUGAAACAUGAAUUCCCAAAAGGAGAAUAUGCAUACUUCACCAGCAAGCUGAAAAAGGUUUUAACCAAGCUUUUUCUAUACUACUUAUUUAAUAACUUGUUUGUCAUAAUGACUAAUGGAUAUUUUCCUCUCAAUUUUAUGGUCUGUUAUGUAUUCUCCUUAAAUGAAAAUAAAUCAAAUUAGGUAAUUCAUGCUUACUCUCAAAGCACAUGAACUGGAUUUUAUGAUGUAUAGCAACUUCUUUGACUAAGCCGUCACUCAAAAGUAAUGAGCAGGAAUAUUACAGAAAGAAAUACGCAACCAUUAACUAAAGGAUGUCUACAUAUACUCUGAACACAGAGAUCAGAAAUACCAUUUUUUUUUAAUCUGGAAAAUAAAACCAGGCUGCUACAAAAUGCAACAGGGGAAAGAAAUUAACAUCACUUAAAAGAAGGUUUAUUUGUUAUUGCUGGCUUGAAACUCAGAACAGACACACAGAAUGUGCACUGGUCUGUAGAAGUAUCUCAGGCAAUUAAGAAGUCCCCAUGUUUAAUCAAAAUUUUUUGCUGCUGAAUUGCUGGAACAAAAAAAAAAAAAGAAAAACAAAAGCCUGCAAGGAAUGAAAUAAGAGCCCAGCUACCACUUGGUUUCCAGGUUACAGUGCAUGUCAAAUAUCUGUCAAUGACACCAUGUAUCAGUUUAUGACAAGCUGCUGCAAUGAUCUGAAAGGCCCUUGAGGCACAGAGAACAGGUAGGUCAGUGGUUGCAUGCACCCCACCUCUGCUCAGCAUUUGCAAGGGAACAGGCACUGUCCAGAAAGGUGAUGCAUUUUGUAAAUUAGCUCCCUGCCUUGACAUUUCUGCUUUUCUUUAACUGAAAUCUCAUCAAUGCAACAAGAAGGUGAUGUUUAAUAUAUUCGUAAGACUUAGCACAUCUGAAGUUUUCAGUUUUCGCAAAAUUUCAGUUGGCAUAAUGUUAGAGUUAAGACUGUCAUUUAUGUUAGCAGAUCUGCUAUUUAUUUCCUCCCAGCUUUUGCUAAUACAAAAAACUCCAUUUAUCGAGUAAUGCAUUUGGAAUGGUUUCCUGAAAUCCAUUCACAGCCAGGACAGCGUACACAGAGGAAAUUGUAUUCCUGAGGGUUAAUAUAAACCUAAUAGAGAUUGCCUAAAUUAGAAAUUAAACAAAGCUUUUGAAAUAUUUCUUGUUUCAUUUCACACCUGAGACUAAUACGUUCUAAUUUACGUCUUUUAUAUUUAAGAGGCACAUGUGAAAUAACUGUUGAAGCAUACCAAGAAUUUUCAUCAUACAAUUUGCAAUUAAUAGUAUUGUGCAAUUGAGGCUUUUCAGAACAGCAGAUGAAAUCCAUUUGCAUAUUGUAUCCCAAGUGUGCUUAAUUCAUACUUUCAUUAAAAAAAAGAGUUCAUUUUUGUUCACCUUAGUGCUACCUAUUUUAAUUGUAUUCAGAAUGGAACAAAGGUCUGCAUAUAAAUUUAUUUCAUGCCAAAUAUAUCCCCUCUUAAAUUUAAAGCUUUUUCAAAAAAAAAAAAAAAAAAAAAAAGCCCUCAAGUAUCAUAACAAGAAAUUGAGUAACCUCUCUUUUAUUUAUUCAUUUCAUUACAAACUCAAGAAGUGGCUGACAAUACAAGUAACACAAAAAUCAGGUAUUACAUGCAGAUACUACAUUUACAACCUGCUGGCAUGUAUAAAACAAAGCAGAUGAACCACAAAAAAAAACCAACCUCCUAGAUGUAAUUAAUGCUACUUUUUUUGAACCUCAUUUGUUCCCAAGACAAACAUGCUACUUACAGAAAUCUGUUGAAUUUAAGUGCAGUUUGUAUAUAUAUAAAUAUGUAUACAUUAAAAAAAAAGAUAGAUACCGUUUUCUUUUUAAGUAUUAUUUUCUAAAAUUAUUCCCUUAAAUCUAUUCUAGAAUAAAACUAAAUACUCUUACAUUCCAUGUAGGCACUGAUUUCCUGAAGAAACUAAAUACUCAAAUCAGAAAAAGAAAAUGUAGUAUUUCCAUAACAAACUCUACUCCCUCAAACCCAUACAAGUUUUGCAUUUGAAAUUAUAUACCACAAAAUUGUUGCAGUGGUUUCAUACAUGUAGAUGCACACAAGACAAAAGUGAACAGUAGUCUUGAAGCUCUGUAAAAAUUUGCUCAAUUACAGAACUUUGUUUCAGCCCACAAGACUAUUGCAUACUCUCCAUAAGAGGCUGCUAAAUUGCCAUAAAUAAUUUAAAUGUUAUUUGUAUGAUACAUAAGCAACAGUGCUCCAUGUUCCUAUCACUUUUUCCACAAGAGCCUUUUUAAAAUGAUCUUGAGUAGGAAUUUGUUUAAUACUUAACAACAUUCUUCUAAAAAGACCCUCAACACAAUACAAAGGCAAUGCACAAGCACAGUUUAUUCAACAAAUGGGCCCUUUGUAAAAACCACAUCACUAUAAAGCCCUGUAUCCCUAAGUGGAAGCUUUUCACUUUGUUUUCUUUUGGGGUUUUUGGGGGUUUGUUUUGUUUAACCAAAUCCUGCUUUCCUUUAAAACAGAAAGACCUUAUUCUAGAUCCUCAGGCUUUUGAGUCCAUGCCAACUAAAGCUCUAAACAUACAGUAAAUGAAGAGUUUGAUAAGAAUAGAUGCUUUUCCUCCCUCCUCCUUCCCCAACAGUUAUCUACAAUAAGUGUUAAAAAAAAAAGAAAUCAAGUAGUUCCGUAUUUUAUUUCACCUUUCAGGAGAAAAAACAACUGCAACAAAAGAAUGUGUUUCUCCCCCAUUCUGGAAGUCAACAUGCAGUCUGAAUCUAACAUUACAGUUCGAGAUGCCAUUGAUGACAUCGACACCAACAUGUACCGACCACUGUCAUAUCCAUUAAGCUUUCAAGUUUCUCUCACUGGAUUUUUGAUGUUAGAAAUUGUUUUGGGACUUGGCAGCAACCUCACCGUGCUGGUACUUUACUGUAUGAAAUCCAACUUAAUCAAUUCUGUCAGUAACAUAAUUACAAUGAACCUUCAUGUACUUGAUGUAAUAAUUUGUGUGGGAUGUAUUCCUCUAACUAUAGUUAUCCUUCUGCUUUCACUGGAGAGUAACACUGCUCUCAUCUGCUGCUUCCACGAGGCUUGUGUCUCUUUUGCAAGCGUUUCAACUGCAAUCAACGUCUUUGCUAUCACUUUGGACCGAUACGACAUCUCCGUAAAACCUGCCAAUCGAAUUCUGACCAUGGGAAGGGCUGUGAUAUUAAUGACAUCAAUAUGGAUCAUCUCACUUUUUUCCUUCCUGAUUCCUUUCAUUGAAGUCAACUUUUUCAGUCUUCAAAGCGCAAGUACUUGGGAAAAUAAGACACUUUUGUGCGUGAGUACAAAUGAAUACCACACUGAGCUAGGAAUGUACUACCACCUUCUUGUUCAGAUUCCUAUCUUUUUCUUCACUGUUAUAGUAAUGCUAAUUACAUACACCAAAAUACUCCAGGCUCUAAAUAUUCGGAUUGGUACAAGAUUUACAACGGGACAAAAGAAGAAAGCUAGAAAGAAAAAAACCAUUUCUUUGACCACUCAGCAUGAGACUACAGACGUGUCCCACAGCAGUGGAGGAAGAAACGUCGUCUUUGGUGUAAGGACUUCUGUGUCUGUCAUAAUUGCUCUACGCAGAGCUGUAAAACGGCACCGGGAGCGACGAGAACGGCAAAAGAGAGUCUUCAGAAUGUCCCUCUUGAUUAUCUCAACAUUCCUUCUCUGCUGGACACCCAUCUCUGUUUUAAACACCACCAUCUUAUGUUUAGGCCCAAGUGACCUUUUGGUAAAGUUGCGAUUAUGUUUUCUAGUAAUGGCAUACGGAACAACUAUAUUUCACCCUCUACUUUAUGCAUUCACAAGGCAAAAGUUUCAGAAAGUUCUGAAAAGUAAGAUGAAAAAGCGAGUUGUUUCAAUAGUGGAAGCAGACCCCAUGCCAAAUAAUGCUGUAAUACACAACUCAUGGAUAGAGCCUAAAAGGAACAAAAAGAUUACCUUUGAAGACAACGAAGUAAGGCAGAAAUGUUUAGUACCUCAGGUUGUCACUGACUAGAUUUCAGUAUUCACCAAAACACAUCAAGCGGAAUAUUUGAACAAAUUGUAGAAAAAUACUGCCAAAUCAGAAAAACUUUUUUUUACUAUUGGCGAGACUGUACAUUUUCAAUAUAUAUGUUAUAUAGGGUAGGUCUUGUAUAUUCAAGUUCUUCAUUAUGUAAGAUAUAUGUUGCAUGGCCGUUUGUUAGAGUAACACCAUGUGUAUAUUUGUCAAAAAUAUUCAAGUCCUCUUUUUUAGAAAAUAAAUAGCCUUAAAGAAGUGCAA